GGCCGAAAUUAUGAUCGUGUAACUUCUCAGCUAAAACCAAGUUGUGAGCUUAAGGAAUGUACAUAUGUAUGUAUGUACAUAUAUAUAUUUGUAGUUUUAAUUUUAGUUUAUUCAUUUGCAUUGAAUUGGCAAGCACGUUAACAUGCAGAUGCAGGCCUUGAACGCUGUUUUCGAAAAACAAAGCGGAUCUAUUGUUUUUGAUGGGAAAUAUACGAAUGAGUAUGAGGCCAUAAAAUUGCUACACACACUUCAUAAUCGGCCAACCCAUGAGCGUAUAAUCAGAGAGUUUCUGACAGCAUUGGAACAGCUCCAUCAUGUAGAAUCAACAGGUGUUGCAUCACAAAGACUCCGCGAGGAAGGCAACCAAAAGUACAAAUCCUCUAGUGGCGACAAGGAGCUGUUGCUAAGUGCCUGCCGUCUCUAUACAGAAGCAAUUUUAACAGCUGAAAACGCCAACAAUGAGCUGUGCUUGGCGUAUGCAAACCGCGGAAUGGCUCUGCAGGAUUAUGGUUACUACAGACAGGCCUAUGACGACUGUGCAUGUGCACUGGAAUUUGGAUAUCCAAAGAAGCUGCACCACAAAUUAAUAAUGCGACAAGCAUAUUGUGCUUGGAAGCUGGGAAACUUGGAGCUAUUGGAGGAGCACAUUCACAGCUUACGCGGUAUGCAGCUGAAUGAGAGUUUUCAGCGCCAAUUGCUUGAACUGCAGGAAAAUGUUCAGCAUCUAACCCAACAUAAAGGAGCCAUAGAGGAGCAGCCAGUGUCUGCCGGUGAAAGCAGUGUGCAUCAGAUCGUCAAUGAGGCAAGCAGUCGAGGCCGCUACAUGAUUGCCAAGGAGCGGAUACCACAAGGUUCCAUCAUUUUUACCGAGAGUGCCGAGUGCUUUGUGCCUCUCGAAAAGCAUCUCAUUUGUCAGCAAUGCGCCGCUACCCAACUGAUACCCAUUCCAUGUCCAAAUUGUCAUAAGCGUGUCGUUUACUGCUCUCGUCAGUGUAGAGAACGGCACAAAAGCAUUCACAAAUAUGAAUGUGCUGCCUAUAAAAGAGACCUGCUCCACAUGCUGGGUAUUUCGCACCUGGCACUACGUCUAGUCCUGACAUAUCUACCGCUUUUAACGCCACAGCUGCAGAAGCAACGCAAUGCAAGCGAACUAUGGCAUACAUUCAUCUCGCUUGCCAAUGAUGACAAUGAUGAUGAUAUUACGGCACCACAAUAUCUGAAAACCUUGCGAAUGAUAACACAUCUAGAUAAGGUGUCUGAAACGGAACUGACGUACCAUAUGCUCUGUGCCAAUUUGUUGCGGGCUUAUCUGUUCGAAUGUACCGAUUUCUUUGACCAGUUUGCAGACACUUCGGCGCCUAGUGAGGACUGGCAAUUAUUUAUUGCCGCAUGUAUCCUGCGCAGUUCUGGGCAGCUAAUGGUGAAUGGUCAUGUAGGGGAUGCCAUUAUGCCGAUCACUCUGGGGCUUAAGGAGUUCACUCUUUUACAGCCGAAGCUGUGGGAUCGUCCGCAUCAUCUGCAGCUCGGUUCUUUACACAAAUUUAGUGCAUUUCAGCUUGUAACCGCUAUGAAUUUACCGCAUCUGAGCUUAUGCAACCAUUCCUGCAUUCCCUCAAUCCGCACAAAAUUCGAAGGUCGUUCGGUUGUUAACUAUGCCUUGCGUGACAUUGAAGCAAAUGAAGAGAUUUUUAACUGUUACACUGGGGAUUGUAAAACAACCACCUUUAAGGAACGUCGCAAACAACUUAAGAACACUUUUAAAUUUCAUUGCUGCUGCGUAAAUUGCCGGCGCCAACAUCCCGAUGAGGAAUAUUUUAUGUUUGAAACCUACCGCUGCGAAAAUCCGAAUUGCCGUCAGACUUUUGUGCCUGCAGAAAAAAGUCGUAAUUGGUGGAAACAAUUGGAUGGUGAUGUGCUCAUUUGUGAUGUCUGUAAAGAAGCGCAAAAUGUAUACUGGUAUGAAGAUUUUCUUGUCCUAUUUGAAUACUACCCAAACCCGAAAUAUCGCCGGGAACUGUUCAAAGAAUUCGAGAGAAUGAGCAACCAUAUAUUGAAUUAUCAUGUGAUAAAACUAUAUUGGGCGAAUGAAAUCGUGAAUAAGGCAUUUAAUGCACUGAAAGAGGGGUGUCCGCUUGACGAUGUGGAUUAUGAGGAAAUAGUUUGUAUUAUUCGAUGGCAAUUGGAUGGCAUAACUAUGCGCUAUGGUCCAAACUCAAUCGAAUAUAUAACCAAGCUUACCUACCUCUGGGAUCUGAUCGCUUUGGGCAAGUACAAAUGCUGCACAAAGAAGAUGCAGACCAUGCUUGACACACUGAAGUUUAUGGCAAGCGAGCCAAAGAACAUUUUUCUUAACUACUACCAUGACUUUAUUGAGCAACAUUGCACAAGUGAUUAACGUCUAACAAAAACAACAGCAACAACUACAUUAUAAAUUCUCUAGUUAAGCAUUAACUUUAAACUGGCACUUUUUGUUCUAAAACUACAGAAAUGGUACGAUAUUAUACUUUGUCAGCCCCUGUGUA